AUGAGCGAAACCCAGGACCAAAAAUCGUUCUUCAAGCGACACUGGGAAGGGUACAAGGAGUUCUGGGCUGAAAGAUUUUCGUUUUUGGAGAACUACUCGAGAGUUCUUAACCCAGAGAAGCCAAUGCCCCACUGGGAUAGCUCUAUUGUGGAAGAGUUUAUUGCCUCCGAUCCCGUUUAUGGUCCCACUCUCAAGACGUCCAGGGAAGCAGCUCAAUUUGGUGCUGCAGGUGCAGUCCUAGGAGCAGUUACAACAGCUGGCUACUGUUGGAAGUACUCGCGAAGUGCUCAUGGCGCAGCACUGGCUUUCGGUUUUGGAGCUGUCACCGAUGAAAUUCUACCAGUGGCUGCAAAACAGAGCUUGAGAGAUCAUGCAAAGAAUCAGGCAGUGAACUUUUCUUUAUUAUUUCCUUGUGCAACUAUUUUGAGGAAUGAUGGGUGGCAUUAUGUUUGA